CAAACCGAGGCUGGUCACGUGACUGCCGUUUCUUGAGUCUUGCCGCCAUCUUCACAGAAAGGGCCCCUGGUCACCGAGAUUAACCUUCGCGUAAAACUCUCCUCGAAACAGUUGGACAGCCUCAUAAUAAGUUACAGCACUGUUAACAAAGUAUGGAGAUUGGUUGACUACUAUCAAAUUGUAUAAAGAUGGAGAGUGGAAUCAAAGGUGGAUCAUCUCGCCGGAAAAGCAUGCCCUUGAAGGUGUGUCUUGCAUUGGGACCAGCGUCUACAAAGAAAGUUGGCAUUGAUGACAGUAGUGAUGAGAAUGUUGAAAUAUUGUCUGAUCCAGACUCUGAACUUUCAGAUGAUUCAGGCAAAAAGAAAAUGGAAGCAUUACCGGAAGGAACUGUAGUGGUUCAGCCAGAGCCAGUCCAGGAAAAGAAAAUCAGAUUCAGAGGUCCAGAAUUCAAAGGCUCUAAUAAGAAAGGCUGUGUAGCAGUUCUUGAAAACCUCUUUUGCACAGCUUGUGGCAAGCAGGUCAAUCCAUGGAAGAAAGGAAUGCUGAAAAAACAUAAAGAACUUAAGGUUCUUAUUUGUCGGAAAUGCUGGAACUUUCUUGGAAGUGGAGAAAUUGCAAAAGAUGAAGAUGGGAUGGAUGAGCAGUGUCGGUGGUGUGGUGAGGGUGGUCGUCUCACUAUCUGUGACAAGUGUCCACGAGCAUUUUGCAAAGGAUGCGUGAUGAGAAAUUUUGGUCGAGCAGCCUUCACUGCAAUCACUGAAACUGAGAACUGGGAAUGCUAUUUCUGUGAUCCGUUGCCCUUGGAGGAACUGAGAAACCAGUGUUUAGCCGUCUUUGAUACCAUUAGUGCAUCUGACGAGAAGAAAUCUUUCCGAUGUGCAGAAACCUCUGGCCAAUUGCCAUCAUCAUCACUGGGACCUAAGACUGAGAGUGAAGUGGAGGUACAGAUGCACUUCACCGAAUGUUCUCAAGAUUUGAAGUGCAGGAGGACAGUGUUUAGGAAGCAGCAUUGUGCUAAAAUUUUGAAAAAAGGACUCCACAUUUAUAUUUCAUCUCUGGGAAAGAUCAUAUCCAUCAACAGCAAGAAAAACAGUAAGAGAGAUACAGGCCAUGACUUGCCCUCUGCAGAUGCUAAGCCCAACAACUCAGCAAAUGUCAAAAAAAUAGAAGAAAACUCCGUGGAACAAGAACCAGAAAAGGUUACACAGGAUAAAAGCUCAUUUUUAGAUGCAUCACAAGAAAAGUUGUCCAUCAGCAGUGAACCCAAAGGAAAUGUGCAACAGUUCAAAAGUGAGAAAGAUGAUUCUGCACAUUCAAAGAAAUCCAGUCAGGAUGAUGGUCAACAGGAGGAAAAUGUACUUGCCAAGUUUGAACUGAUACAAGAACUUGCUGAGGAGUUUUGUAAAGAGUCAUCCAGUGCAAGCAAUGUAAAAGAAGAUGAGGUUGAAGACAAGUGUAAUAUUGACAGUGAUGAUGAUGAUCUUCCGUGUGUUACAUUUGAAAUUGAUGAAGACAAGAAUGUGGAAGGCAAGAAACAGAACAGGCCAAAUCAACGAGAAAAACAACAAAGGGAAAACUCUGUGGAACCUAAGGCUUUUUCAGACAUUUCAGACUGUGAUGUGGUAGAGGGUUCCAAAAGUGCAAGUUGUAAAUCUAUGGUUGUAAAGAUCAAGAUGGCUAAGGAAGAUCAUGAAAAAGAAACAGCUGAUUUCCAUGGAUGGGAAGAUCUGGAUAGUGGAUCUAGCAUUGAUAUCUUUACAAGCUCUGAAGAUGAAAAUGAAUCCAGAAAUAAACAAAGACGCAGAAAAGCUAAAAACAGUCUGUCUUCUGUCAAAGGAAAGAAAAAGGCUGUUGAACAUGAGGGUUCAGGGGAUGAAACAGAUGAAAAAACAAAGUUCUUAUCAAAAAGACGGGUCAAAAAUACCCCCAAAAAAGAUGCACACAGAAAGCAUUCAUCAAAUGGAAGAAAUACCAACAUUGGAGAUGAAGACAGUGGGGAUGGGGAUAAUGGUGAUGGAGAUAAUGGUGAUGGAGUGUGCAGUGACACUGAGCCAAAGAACAGAAAUAGGAAGACAGUCCCAAGUAAGAACAGUUUUGAUGAUGUGGCUAUUGAACGGAAAGAAAAUCACAGAGAAGUCAGCGAUGAAGAGAAAGAGAAAUCAGAUUUAGAGAAGUUUUCUCAAGAUGGUGAAGAAAAAAGGAGCAAGAAAGAGCUGGACUUGUCUCGAGAAGCUGCACAGCUAGAAAAAGAGGAGGAGGAAAAUGAAAAAAAGUUCUCAAGGAGAAAAGGGACACCAAAGAAGGUGGAAAAGGGAGAUGGCUCACAAAAAAAAGGAGAGAUUGUGGAUGAUUCAGAGGAUUCCUCAGAGGAGGAAGAAGAGGAGCUGAAUGAUGAAGAUGAAGAUGAUGAAACAGUCAAGCAGAUAUCAGAGUCUCCAGAAAAACAAGUAAAGGUCAUAGCUGAUGACCUAGAAAAUGAACUUGCAAAGGAGGAUAUGGAGGAACAAAUGGAAGAUGAGGACAUAAAUGAUGAGAGUGAGUCGAGCAGUGAAUCAGAUAUUGGUGUUGUGCGCAGAAGGAAAGGGCAAAAGGGCGAUGAAGUAAAGGAAGACAAUGAAGCAAAAGAAGAAGAUGCAGUGGAAGAUGAUGAUUCUGAUUUUGAGCCUGUUGCAGCACGCAAAAGGUUCCGAAACAAGCUGCUGGAGGAAAAGUUAGCAGCAAGUGAUUCAGAAAGUGAUAUAAACACUCAGAAAAAGAGCAGAAAGCGGAAGAAGAAGGAUUCUGAUGAAGAGAAUUAUGCCUCUGAGGAAAGUCAGUCAUCAUCUGAUGAAGAUGGGGAUGAUGAUGUUGACAGUGAUGCAGCUGGGACCACUGGUGAAGAUGCCUCAGAUGACUCUAUGGCAGAAGGGAAAAAGAAGGGCAAGGGCAAAAGGAAGACCAAAGGGAAAGAUAAAGGAAAAAAGAGGAAAAGAAUAAAAACGAAGGAUUCAUCUUCAGAGCAGGAAGACCCAGACGGAGAAGGCAGUGGAGACAAAGCAUCUAGGAAAAAGAUUCGUAAACUGAUGUCUGAUCGGAAACUUGCCGAUGAUACAAAGGCGGCUGCCAAAGCUGAGGAAGAACGACGUAAGAGGGUUUCUGAAAAGCAGAAGAAGUUCAAUAGGACUGAAACAAAGGAGGUUGGAGAAGGGAAAGCUCCUAUCACUACAAAGCUUAUUUUGGAGGUGGAUGAGAAGACUGACGAACCUCUUAUACAGGUUGAUUCAAAACUUAUUUGCAAGCUCAAACCACAUCAAGUAGAAGCUGUUCAGUUUAUGUGGGACUGUUUGUACGAGUCAUUGGAACGUACCAAGAAAGAUGAAGGCUCUGGAUGCAUUCUGGCUCACUGCAUGGGGCUUGGAAAAACACUUUCUGUGGUAACUUUUAUACAUACAUUACUAACCCACGCAAAAGUUACCAAGGUGAAGACAUGUCUUGUAGUGUGCCCACUCAACACUGUCCUCAACUGGGUUAAUGAAUGGCAGAUGUGGUUUGAGGAAAAUGAAAAACUCACUGUUUAUGAAAUGGCCAGCAUCAAGCAGAACUGGUCCCGUGCAGAUGUCUUGGAGGAAUGGCAUAACAAUGGGGGAAUUAUGAUCAUGGGAUAUGAAAUGCUGCGCAACCUGUCACAAGGCUCUCGUGUUAGAAACAAGAAGCAGAAGGCCAUCUUUGCAAAGACUCUGUUAAAUCCAGGUCCUGAUGUUGUUGUAUGUGAUGAGGGUCAUAUAAUGAAAAAUGCCGCCUCUGCCUUAUCAAAAGCAAUGAACCAGAUCAAGACCCAUCGCAGAAUUGUUUUGACGGGAACUCCAUUGCAGAACAACCUGAUAGAAUACCACUGCAUGGUAGACUUUGUAAAACCUAAUUUGCUUGGUACACGCAAGGAAUUUGCUAAUCGAUUUGUCAAUCCUAUUACCAACGGACAACAUUCUGAUUCAACACAAAGAGAUGUACGAAUCAUGAAGGCAAGGGCCCACAUUCUGCAUGAACUACUGGCUGGAUGUGUACAGAGACGAGACUAUUCAGCCUUGACAAAGUUCUUGCCACCUAAGCAAGAGUAUGUCAUCUCCGUACGCCUUACGGAAUUACAGGUGACACUUUACCAGGAAUACCUGAACCGCACUGGACAGGUGGACGGUCAGAUUACCACUCGAGGUGCACAGUUGUUCAAAGACUAUCAGAACCUCAUGAAAAUCUGGACACAUCCUUGGGUAUUGAAACUAGCUGAGAUCCGUGAUGAAAGUAAGAUGAAAUACGACGAUGAAGAUUCUUUCAUUGAUGAUAGUGAUGCAGAAGAUGAAAAAUCAUUUCUUGGCUCAGACAGCAGUAGUGAGGAAAGUGUGCCCAAUGUCUCAGAGGGUGAGGAGAGUGCUGGAGAGGGCAGCAGUGCCAACCGCAGGUCACGACGUCUGAGAAACAGAAACCGGUCAGAUGAUAAAGAAGAAGUGGUGAAGGAGUGGAAGACCCGCUCGCGUGGUGGUGAGGAUGAUACAGAGGUGGUCACUGAAGAUACAGGCCCUCAGGCUGUCAGCAAUGAAUGGUGGGCUCAGUAUCUUACAGAAGACGACCAGACUAAGAUGGAGCAUAGUGGCAAACUUGUUCUGCUGUUUGACAUUUUGCGCAUGUGUGAGGAGAUUGGGGACAAAGUGUUGAUAUUCAGCCAAAGUUUGCUGUCACUGGAUAUCAUUGAAUAUUUCCUUGAGCAUGUGGACAGCAAGUUCCAAGCUGAUACUGCUGACAAGAAAGAUGAUGAACUGCCAGAAGAGUUUGGUAAACGUUGGACUAAAGGAGAGGACUAUUUCCGACUUGAUGGCUCCACUAGUGCCCAGUUGCGUCAGUGUUGGGCUGGUAUUUUUAAUGACCCAGAAAACCUAAGGGCUCGCCUGUUCCUGAUCUCAACACGUGCUGGAGGUCUUGGUAUCAACUUAGUGGGGGCCAAUCGUGUUAUCAUUUUUGAUGCUUCUUGGAACCCCUCUCAUGAUGUGCAGUCCAUGUUCCGUGUUUAUCGAUUUGGCCAGUCAAAACCUUGCUACAUCUACAGGUUUCUUGCUCAGGGUACUAUGGAGGAGAAGAUAUAUGAGCGACAGAUAACUAAAUUGUCACUCUCCCAGCGUGUGGUUGAUGAGCAUCAGGUAGAGCGACACUUUACAUCAGCUGAUCUGCAGGAGCUUUACGCCUUUAAGCCUGACCGCCUUGCCGACAACAAAGAGAAACCUACUCUGAUGCUGCCCAAGGAUGCUCUUCUGGCUGAAAUUAUGUCAGGUCAACGUGACUGGUUUGUCAACCUACAUGAGCAUGAUUCUUUGCUGGAGAACCUUGUAGAACAAGAGCUAACAGAAGAAGAAAAGAAGGCUGCUUGGGAGGAGUAUGAAAAUGAGAAGAAGGGUCUCCGAAUGAAUGUUCACCAGGGCUUUGGUGGUCUGGGAUUGACUGGUUUCUUGAGUCAAGAAUACUUGUUGCAAACAGCACGAACAUUGCGCGAACAGAAUCCAGACAUGCCACAAGAAGAACUGCAGAUGUAUCUGCAGCGAAUUAUUAUGAUUCAGAUAAGACAGAAGCAGGAAGAGCAGCGCAGACUGGAUUUUAUACAGCGACAGCAGGAGACUCAGUUUGCGGCACAAAUGCGGCAGCACUAUGCCCAAUUCCAGCACCUGCAGCAAUAUGGACAUGGUGCUAUGCCUCUUGGCAUGCUCCCACCUCAACUAAUGCCUCCAUCAACACCUGGAUCCCGCUUUUCACCUAGCCUUUAUGCCCAUAUGGCUCAGCCGGGGCUUUCUGCCUACCAUGAAGCUGCUGCCAUGGCUCGUAUGGGUAACACCAGUGGAGGAGGUGCUGCAGGCGGGUCCGGAGCUCCUGGAGCAGCCUCUUCAAAGGGAGCUAAUUCUUCUAAGAGUAAACCAGAAGAAAUUAUAAACUUGGAUGAAAGUAAUUAGACUGACUUUUUGCUUGACUUUACCUUGGUGUGUAUGCUAUUUCCUCAAAGGCCUUGUCUAUCUGAAAUUGCAGGCAACGUGUGAGAGCUUGUAUGUGUGUAAGUGGAGUUUGGGGGUGGGAGUAGACACUGAAGGCCAAAAAUGGGAGUUUGAAAAUAAGACCAAGGUUUUUGCACAAAUUUUAUAACUUAAAACAUUUCAUGAAAGGAUUUUGAGAGGUGGGAUAAGGGUAAGAGUAGGCUUGAGAGUUGUCCAUUGCAUUGUAAACAUCAAUGACAGGCACUGCUGGAUGGUCCCAGACUUUCUCCAUCUGUUGGUUAUAAAAAGGAGUAUGUGCAGGCAUUAGAAGAUGGUGUGAUCUGACAAUUGUUUGAUGUGUAAAUUUUUAACAAAAGAUUGCUUUAUAUUUUGAAAGUGGUAUGUUGCUGUUGAUUUUUUUUCUGUAGUGCUGCUUUUGUUUUCUAUAGCAUACACUCCUUAAUAGGAUUUUUUAUUUUUAAGGAUUAGGCAUUUCAACCUUAUUUUCCUAAUGAAAAAGAUCUAGCAGGCCACAAUAAGACAUAGACAAAAACUUUAUCAUAUUGUGCAAAGGUAGAUAAUUGUUUUAAUGUAACCUGAAUAAUUGUGCAUGGUCUCACAUGGAAGCUUAAGAUGUCCAGAAAAUUCCUUUUUAACCUUAAAUUGAGAAAUGUUCACAUGCUUUGCCAACACUUCCCCUCCUUUUUUCACACAGACUUCUUAGAUCAUUGUAGUUUCUUCAAAGUUACAGACCUACGAACACAACAAUAACUGAACUGUGGGCUUCUUAGACAUCAGAUGGAUAGGAUCUUAAAUACUACUGUGUCAAAUUAUCAUGUAGUUUGGUAUCUUCAUUGUUUUAUUUUGUAAACAAUAAACUGUCAUUACUCCUUUUCAUUAUGGUGCAUAAUCAUGCAAGUAGGUCAUAUUUGCAGUGUUUUGCAUUUCACCCACAGGAAUAAACAGGUAGCCAUUCUUUUUUUUUACGUAUGUUGAGCAAAAAUGAUUCACACAGGCAUGAUCUUGGAAAGCAUUUAGGUUGUCAAAAACAAAUCGGAGCAAAAAUCAAACGCUGGCCAUCACUUAAAUGAUUUACCCAAUUGAAUAGCAGCUUUACACAUUUGAUGGUGUGCUGGUGAACCAAUUGCAACAAGCUAAGUUGCAUGUAAACUGGUAAUGUCUUUCAUGCUAAAGAAAUUAAUCAAUGAUAGCUUUAGAAUGGUAAUUUUGCCAUAUUGUGUACUUCAGUAGUGAGUUAAAAUUUUAUCAUUACCUAAAAUAUCUGCAAAGACAAGGGGGAGGCGGGCAUUGAAAAGCAAAUCUCAAAAGUUGUAUGUUUCAGUGUUCCAAAGGGAAGUUGUUGUGUAUCUGUUGCCUUUAACAAAAUAUAAUGCCAAUAGAUGUUUAUAUAUUUGUGGUGUUAUGCUAAUGUUGCUGCUUUUGUCUUUAUUGAAGAAAAGUGGGACAAACUGAAUCAUUUUUUGUUAAAGCAACAAAAAUAUAACAAUACACUUCUACCUUUACCGGCAUGUAAAAGCCACAUUUGUGUUUUAAUGUCCAUUUCAAGUAAGUUGGAUGACCAAGCCCACUGAAAGUGUUGAUUUGUCACUAGAUAGCUUAAGGGUUAUCGGCAAGGUCAUUGGACGUGAAAUUAAAGCCCCUGCCCCCCCUUUUUUUUUUGAAACUUGAAAACAGCUGUACUUCAUAAGAUCAAAGAAUACACUUUUUUCAUACAUGCAACCGUUGCCUGGGUUAUAGUGUCCCUCAAACUUUGUGGUUGUGUACAGUAACCUGCUGUUUGCAAUGUUAUUUACUGUACUACUUUUUUUGAAGAUCCAUCAAGUUGUGCUGACAUGAUAAAAGUGUUUUUACUUGUUUUGGAUAAAUAUUUUCUUUUUUCCUUAGGUGGAUGUCUUGAUAUUGGUCAGUCUUGCAUGCACCUAUGCGAUUUAAAAGUAAAAAUAAACACUGAAACCAUUUGGGUAUAGCCCUAGAAAACAGGAUCUAUGUACAUAAGUUGUAAAUAACAAGUAAUGUGGACCAGGAGUGGUGAUUGUCUCCCUACAUGUUCCUGUUGUUACCAUUGCAAAAAGAAUCUCCUGUUUCAACUCCAUACUGAAAUUUGGUUACCUUGGAGCGAUUGUGGCAAAGGUUGAAAGACAUUGUCUUGUUAGAGUGCUCAUAAACAAUCAUUGGUUUGGAAAUUGCAAGUCAUGACUAAAUCUUUAAAAAAAAAAAUUUUCUCCUUUUACUGUAGAGGGUUCAUUUUGGUGUAGAUUUUACCUGAGGUUUGCAUGAACAUGGCACAUUGUGUGUGUGUAUAUAUAUAAAAACAAUAUUUUAGGUUUUCACUGGGAAAAUAUAUAUUAGGGAGGAGCAGUGAUUGUAGCAGAUGCUGUCAGUAUGCUAUUCUUAAGGCCUAGUGUACAUUAUAAAUUUUUAAGAUCAUAGGAACAAAGAGGGGUAGCAGGUUCUAAAAUUUUUAAGAGUUUGUGCCUUUUGGAUUUCUGUUGGAAAGUUUGGAGAGUCUAGUAUCACAUUUUAGUCUUUGAAUGUGCAUCUUCAUUUGACAUGCCUCCCUGUCCAGCGUCCUUCCCGUCUUCCUCAUCUGUACACAUUUCUGCAUGGUACACUUUUUUGAACCAGUAUUUCUCCAUAGUCAUGAAUGUCUCACUUUUUGCUUCUAAAGUUGAAGCUAUUUGAAGCCAUCCUGUUAAAUGCUAAAUGUUCUUUUAGCUGUGAAUGGUCCACAGGGUUAAAACUGCACAGAUAUUGAGUUAUGUAUGUCUAAAUAUGCUGCUGUAAAUUUGUUUCGAGGGUGUCUUGUCUAGAUCCUUGAUGAAUAUGUAUGUGGUGCAAAUAUUGUGCGCUUAAUAAUGGGAUGGAAUUUUUUAGUUUGUAACAAGCAUUUAUGUAAAUUGUUUAUUCUGCUUACUGUUUAAUGUACAGCUUAUAUAACAUUGCUAAUUUUUGUUAUGAAAUGAAGUAAAACUUUUUAGUAAUCAUUUAUAAUAUUCCUGGCAGCAGAGUCAUUCAAUAUUUUGAUCAUGGUAAGACUUGGUACAGACACUUCUCUUCAAAGGAAAACUUUUUGACAAAAUUCACUUGCCUCACGACAAAAUCAUUUUAAGUUGUUUAAUAUUAGUCAAUCCAGGAAUAUGUAGUCACUUUUUCAUACUCUGGCAUUAACAAAAAUAGACCUUCAUGGACUUUUAUCAUGAGCUAGUCAACAGGAAACCAAAAAAAAAUUUUUUAUCUGGCCAUAGCACUGCUUGUCAAAGACUGUUGUACAUUUUUCACAUUUCCCCCACCGAAUCUGCUUUUGUGUGCAUCCUAGAGGGUAAGAAAUCUGUCAUGGUGGUCAGUGAAAUAGUAGUCUUGUGUUGCUUUGUUAAGUCACUGAAAAUUUUAUUUGAUUGUGGUUGUUUUUUUUUUUAUUUCUGUUAGCAUUAAAAAAAGAGUGGAAAAUUGGAAAAAA